AUGAAUAAGCAACGUUCUCAUAUGUCAAUUCGUCAGAUACCUCAUACGCGACUUGUUGAUGAUGGAAGUUUAGAACUGCGUUAUGAAAUCUUAAAUAAACUAGGCAAAGGUUCGUUUGGAACGGUGUAUCGUGUUCAAAAUAAAGCUACCGCCGUAUUUUAUGCAGUGAAAACGAUUCCAAAAAAACUUGGAAAUAAAUCGAAAUCAUUUAGUCUCGAUAAUGAAGUGAAAUUGUUAACAGAAGUCAAUCACCCUAAUCUUAUUCGACUUCAUGAAGUGUUAGAAUCACCACAGAAUCUGUAUUUGAUUAUCGAAUUGUGUGAAGGAGGUGAAUUGGGUGGAUAUGUCAAAAGUAAUGGUUCACUACCGGAGCAAACGGUGAAGCAAAUCAUGACAAAGUUAAUCAGUGCAUUGCAUUAUCUUCAUAAAAUCGACGUUGUGCAUCGAGAUUUGAAAUUGGAAAAUAUCCUGUUGAAAAAUAUUCCAUUGAGUAAAACGGAUGAAUUCGAUAUUCGAAUAACUGAUUUCGGUUUAAGUUCGAAAAAGAGUCUCACAUCAGCUGACUCUCUGUUCAACGAUUAUUGCGGUACUCCAUUAUAUAUGGCUCCGGAAAUACUUGAAAAUAAGAAUUAUAGCGCUCUUUGUGAUGUCUGGGCAAUGGGGAUUAUUAUGUUUUACUUAAUUUGCGGUCGACAUCCGUAUGUCGCUCAUGAUGAACGACGAUUACUUGAGAUAAUUCGUGCAACGACACUUCGAUUUGACACUGAACGAUUUCGAAAUCUAUCAUCGCAAGGCGUUGAUUUUCUACAAGGAAUGCUUGUUUACGAUACUGUUCAUCGUCGAACGAUGGGCGAACUAACUGUACAUCCAUGGUUAACGGGCCGAUCUGAUAAAGAACUAAACAAGGACAUAAUAACCAUGAUGAGAGAGUUUCAUGCGGAAGAUAAUCAUCGGCAAAAAACUACUGAAAUUGAUCUGACAGCAUUGAUAAAUGCAACUGCCAAACAUCCAAAAUUAUCACGUGAAGAUGAUAAUGAACCUGUUGUUGAACGAAAAGAGUUGAACCGUCAAACGAGUAGCAGACUUGAUUCCAAUUAUGGCCCAGAUCAAGUUCGUCUACGAAUGAAUCAAAAUGCCACAAGAUCGAAUUUAAUUGAUUCAUGUCGAAAUCGUACAAUACAUAACACACAUUCGGUAAACAUGAUAGGGUUACGUACAGGAACCGCUCGACUCGGUCGAUCUCGAUCGCAAGUAGAUCGGUCUGUCUCGACGAAGCUUCCAGUUCCACCUCGAACAGCUUUGAAUGGUUCAAAUGUGAUCUCCACAUCACGUUCUUCAGUAUUCAACGACCGGCGAACAUCGACAUCGACAUCAUCCACUAUAACAGCCUUGAUGAUGAUCAAUAAUCAAUACUCCAAAGCUUCUCGAACAUCUAGUCCAUUCUCAAAUAGGCAACACGCGCCUAGAUUAUCCUUUUAUGAUAAAUGUCCGAAUACACAUGUGUGA